UAGUGAACCCUGAAUACAAUACCAAUUUGUAAGUCGCUCUGGAUAAGAGCGUCUGCUAAAUGUAAAUGUACAGAAAAUGAAUGGUGAAUUCUGGACACAGUAGACUCCUCCUCCUCACAACUCUUAUUAUUUACACAUUUUGGCGUGGUGUCAUAACACAAUGGAACAACUGAAGAAAGAUGUUAAAUUUAAUCCAUCAACAACAGCCAAUUUAUUUUCACGGGUGUUUUUCUGUUGGGUAACCCCUUUAUUCAGUAUUGGAAAUAAGCGGAGGCUAGAGGAAGAUGACAUGUACCAAGUGCUUCCUGAUGAUGCUUCUCAGGUCCUGGGAGAGGAACUGCAGAGGCAUUGGGAUAAGGAGGUUCGAAUGGCUGCCAAGGAGCUGCGGAUGCCCAAACUCACCAAAGCCAUCGUGAAGUGCUAUGGGAAACCCUACGCAAUGCUGGGGAUCUUUAGUUUCUCCGUAGAGGUGAUUAAGGUGAUCCAGCCAGUGUUCUUGGGAAAGCUGAUCCAGUACUUUGAGAAGUACGAUCCAAAUGACAUGGAUGCACUGUAUGAGGCCUUCGGCUACGCUGCUGGUGUCUCUCUGUCCACCGUUGCGCUGACCAUCCUCCAAAGUCUCUACUUCUACCACGCCUUGAGGAUCGGCAUGAAGAUACGAGUGGCCAUGUGUCACAUGAUCUACAAGAAGGCCCUGUGUCUCAGCAGCGCAGCAAUGGGAAGAGCAACCACAGGCCAAAUAGUGAACCUGCUAUCCAACGAUGUCAACAGGUUUGAUGAGGUGACCAUGAAUCUGCACUACCUCUGGAUAGCACCUCUUCAGGCUGUGGUGGUUAUCAUACUCCUGUGGUAUGAGAUUGGCCCGUCGUGCCUGGCAGGCAUGGCUGUCCUUGUGUUCCUCAUGCCACUACAGACCAUGUUUGGAAAGCUCUUCGGAUCCCUCAGGAGUAAGACCGCUGUCCUGACAGACAAUAGAAUACGCACCAUGAUUGAAGUGGUGUCUGGAAUCAGGAUCAUCAAAAUGUAUGCCUGGGAAAAGCCCUUCUCAGCACUCGUCAAUGAAGUCCGAAGGAAAGAGAUCUCCAAGAUCAUGUCUAGCUCCUACCUGCGAGGCCUCAACAUAGCCUCCUUCUUUGCGGCCAGUAAGAUCAUCGUCUUCAUCACCUUCACUGUCUACGUCCUCCUGGGGAACACCAUCUCAGCCAGCCGGGUGUUUGUGGCAGUGUCUCUAUAUGGUGCCAUCAAGCUCACAGUGACCCUCUUCUUUCCACUGGCCAUCGAGAAGGUGUUCGAGACCAUCAUCAGUAUCCGCAGGAUCAAGAAUUUCCUUCUGUUGGAUGAGAUUGAGAGAAACAACAUGAGAUUCACCCUGGAGGAAGAGAAAGACGCCUCUGUUGAGAUCAAGGACUUAAUUUGCUACUGGGACAAGUGUCUGGAAGCCCCGUCUCUCCAGAACCUGUCACUCACAGUGAAGUUGGAGCAGCUUGUCGCAGUCAUUGGACCUGUGGGGGCUGGAAAGUCCUCUCUGCUAAGCGCCAUCCUGGGGGAGCUGCCUCACGACAAGGGUGUGUUGAGGAUCAAAGGUCAGCUGACCUACUCCUCCCAGCAGCCCUGGGUGUUCCCUGGAACCAUCCGCAGCAACAUCCUGUUUGGCAAAGAGCUCCAUCUUCAGAAGUAUGAGAAGGUCCUGAGAGCCUGCGCCCUCAAGAGGGACAUGGAGCUGCUGCCAGACGGGGACCUGACAGUGAUCGGGGACAGAGGAGCCACCCUCAGUGGGGGACAGAAAGCUAGAGUGAACCUGGCCCGGGCUGUGUACCAGGAUGCUGAUAUCUACCUGCUGGACGACCCUCUAAGUGCUGUGGAUGCUGAGGUCGGGAGACACCUGUUUGAACAGUGUAUCUGUGGUAUUCUGAAGAAUAAGCCCCGCAUCCUGGUCACCCACCAGUUGCAGUACCUCCAAGCAGCCGACCAGAUCCUCGUCCUCAAGGAGGGUCACGUGGUGGCGAGGGGGACAUACUCCGAGCUGCAGCACUCUGGGGUUGACUUCACCUCCCUGCUGAAGAGCGACGAGGAGGAGCCACAAACCAACAACAAUCACUCAGUGGUCAAACACGCCCUCUCCCAGAACUCUGUUUGCUCCCGGAAUUCAGUGGUCUCCCACACCACCUCCAUGCACUCUGUUAAAGAUGGAGCUGAACAGCUUCCGGAGGAGCCUGCCCAGACAGUAGCAGAGGAGAGACGAUCGGAGGGCAACAUCGGUGCCACCCUCUACUUCAAGUACUUCAAUGCAGGAGCCAGCAUCCUGGUUAUGCUGGGCACAGUCCUCCUCAGUCUCAUCGCUGAGGUAGCGUACGUUCUUCAGGAUUGGUGGCUGGCCUAUUGGGCAGGAGAGCAGGAGAAACUCAAUAUUAACGGCACUGUGAUUGUCCAAAAUGGCCUCAACAUCACUCAAGAGUUGGACCUCGGUUUCUACAUGGGCAUUUAUGCAGGUUUGACUCUGGCCUCAGUCAUCUUUGGCUUUGCCAGGAGUCUGUUGAUGUUCAAUGUGCUGGUGAAAGCUGCUCAAUCUCUGCACAACCGCAUGUUCAACUCUAUCCUCCGAACGCCUGUACGCUUCUUUGACAUCAACCCAAUUGGGAGAAUUCUCAACAGGUUCUCUAAGGACAUCGGCCAGCUGGAUUCCAUGUUACCUAAUACCUUUGUUGACUUCUGUCAGUUGAUCCUGCAGAAUAUCGGCGUGGUGGUGGUGGCAGCCUCAGUCAUGCCCUGGAUCCUCAUCCCUGUGGUUCCUCUACUCAUCGUCUUCCUGUUCCUGAGACGCUACUUCCUGCAGACAUCACGGGACGUCAAACGCCUGGAGUCCACCACUCGGAGUCCCGUCUUCUCCCACCUGUCCUCGUCCCUCCAAGGUCUGUGGACGAUCCGAGCCUUCAGAGCCGAGGAGAGAUUCCAGAACAUCUUUGACACUCAUCAGGAUCUGCACUCAGAGUCCUGGUUCCUGUUCCUGGUCACCUCUCGCUGGUUCGCUCUCCGACUGGAUGGAAUCUGUUCGGCCUUUGUCACUGUCACUGCCUUCGGCUGCCUCUUCCUCAGAGAUGGGCUGGAGGCGGGAGCUGUGGGUUUGGUUUUGUCCUACGCUGUCACCCUUCUUGGGAACUUCCAAUGGACCGUUCGUCAGAGUGCGGAGGUGGAGAACAUGAUGACGUCAGUAGAGAGGGUAGUGGAGUACACAGAGCUGGAGAGUGAAGCACCCUGGGAAACCCAGAAACGUCCUUCUCCUGAGUGGCCGAGCCAAGGCCUCAUAACCUUUGACCGGGUGAACUUCUCCUACAGCUCAGACGGACCUUUGGUCCUGAAGGACAUGAAGGCCAUGUUCAGGCCCAAAGAGAAGGUUGGCAUCGUGGGCAGGACGGGUGCGGGGAAAAGCUCCCUGGUAUCGGCGCUCUUCCGCCUGGCAGAGCCAGAGGGCAGGAUCUACAUCGAUGGAGUUUUGACCUCUGAGAUCGGCCUUCAUGACCUGCGCCAGAAGAUGUCCAUCAUACCUCAGGACCCAGUGCUUUUCACCGGCACCAUGAGGAAGAACCUGGACCCUUUCAGCCAGCACACAGACGAGGACCUGUGGAACGCACUCCAAGAGGUCCAGCUGAAGUAUGUGGUGGAGGAGCUGCCCAAUAAGAUGGAGACGGUUCUGGCCGAGUCGGGCUCCAACUUCAGUGUGGGUCAGAGGCAGCUGGUCUGUCUGGCCCGAGCCAUCCUGAGGAAGAACCGCAUCCUUAUCAUCGACGAGGCCACGGCCAACGUGGACCCCAGAACAGACGAGCUGAUCCAGAAGACGAUACGAGACAAAUUCAGGGAGUGCACCGUGCUCACAAUCGCCCACCGCCUCAACACCAUCAUAGACAGCGACCGCAUUCUGGUGCUAGGCGCUGGUAUGAUCCAGGAGUUUGACGAGCCGUACGUCCUGCUUCAGAACCAGGAAAGUGCCCUCUACAGGAUAGUCCAGCAGACGGGCAAGGCCGAGGCAGCUGCCCUGCUGGAAUCAGCCAAACAGGCGUAUGUGAACAACAGCAACAGCCAUGGUCCAAAAAAGGCCAACGGAGUGGUGGUCUUCUUUGAGACGGUCGUGUGACAGUGCAGGCACUUGACGAGCAGAAAGAGAUCAAUUGGGCAGAUAUCACAUUUUUUCCACUAAUUGGUCUUUUGACCAAUCACAUCAGAUCUUUUCACAUAUCUUUUUCAGAGCUGAUCGGUCCAAAAAUGAUAAUGGCUGCCUGUGUAAACGCAGCCAGGGUAAUAUUUAUGGUAAGCUGUUGAUUACUUGUUUACAUGCAAAAUCAGGAAAGAUUUAUGGAACUGACUUUUUAAAUAUGCAGUGCUUUAUCAGUUAUUUUUUAAAUUAAAAUAAGGAAGCAAAAUGUCCUUCCUUACUGGCACUUUGCUGAUGUGUUGCAUCUUUAAUACUACUUUUACUCAUCAUUGACAAUCAUAAGAAUAGUGUUACAACAAUGGAAGUAGCAUUGCAUUUUCAUACUUUGUGCCUCAAUCUUAUAGUAUUUGAACUGCUGCUACUCCUAUUGAUUUCUCCUACUGCACAGUACACACUAUCCUGACAUCAUGCUGCACCGUCUAUGCAAUCACUUUACUGGGCAAUGGAACUAAUUGGAGUGUGUAUUCAUAUACUAUACGUGCAAUGGAAAAUUACACUUCACCAUUGUAUGCACAUGAAAAAACAUGCUGUCAUUAUGCUAUAAGGUAUUUGGGGAUUUAUGGGAAUUAACUUGACCAAAGUGAGUAACCCAUGUAUGUCUCACGUUGUUUGCAUGAGUGAAAGCUGUGUAACGGUUGUAAGGACUAUCUAGAUAAUUUAAAAAGCAGGAAUACCUACCCGUCAAUGUGAAAAUGCAUUGAACUAUAUGCUGUUAUCUUGAACGUUGACUUAUUCCCUAAUGGGGCAGUAUGGAGAGACCUUGACCUCUUGAUUCCUUUGAUUUUGCUUUUUUAAAAUGUUUUUGUAGUGGAUGUAAAAUUAAAUUGUUUUCCCAAAGGUGUUCUUAAUUUUAUAUGUACCUAUAGCAACAUAGUACCUCUGUUUCAGAUAUAUUGAUGUUCCUUACACAGUGAAGUUUGUUUGUAAAAUAAUAUUGUGAAAUGUAACCUUAAUUUUAAUACAAACUGUUAUUUAAGUCUCUUAUGUGACGUCUUCAAAGCAAACAUGUAGUUGCUCUUCUUUUGGAGUUUGUUAAUACUAUCAGCAUUGACUAAAGAAAAGGGACCAAAAUGAUAGCUCCUCAAUUUUACACCACCUUUUCCUUUUCAUAGGCUGGUUUUGUAAGCCUCUUUCCACAAUUUCACUUCACCCUCUUCAAACACACACUUAAACAGUAUUACAUUAUCCACCUUUAUAGACAUGAACAUUUUCAGGGAAACCAAAUAUACACAGGUUUUACAAGUAUAUCAAGAAUAUAAAUGCAUAAUCUGUGACUUUUUGCAGUGAAAAUACUUGUGUGUAACUCAUGACUAUUUAAGGACAACCUUACGCAAUGUGAGUAGGAGGAUGCAUUAUAUUAGGCUGACAUCAGAUAUUUUUCAGACCUGAAAAAAAUAUCAAAAUUGGUCUGCCUGUCUAAACGCAGCAGUAGAGUUUUCCUUAUCCAAUCUUGUUCUAAGGACGAAUGUGAAUGGUCAGUGGGUGGAGCUUGCAAGAGGUGAGAGCAGGUGAGAGUCAAAUAAAGAACCUAAUUUUAGGGAGGUGGAUGGAGGGUGUUAAACGCGGGUUGUGACAGGCUAGGUUGCCAGUUCAAAUCUGGCAUGAGACUUUUGUUUUUCAACCUUACCCAACAUUCCUCACAUUUCUAAUCUACAUGACUAACUGACUGAACAGCUUUAAAUAUGUGAAACAACCAGGGUGGUGCCCUCCCCCUGAUGGCACCGUGGACUAGGUACAGGGAUAUGGACCAGAAGGUCACAGGUUCUAAUCUUGUUGAUGCCAAGCCAGAGGUUCAAAUUUCAGUGUGGUUUUUGUUUUCUAACCUUACCCCAACCCCUAUUCCUGAACAUAAACAAUCACCUUUGUUUCUGCCCUCUACAGAACAUCUAAUAAGGAAAACCACAUUUAUCAGUCCUGUGAAUUUCCUCACAUAAACAUAUCACCACGUCAACGGUUGCAUUAGUGAAACGAGAUGAUUUUACAAUUGUAUUAAAAAAAAUGGAUUAGGGGCUUUAUUCAAUCCGUAUGGCGGAAGUUCCACACUAUAGCGCGAUUGAAAGGCAACGUUCCCGCAUUCGGAGACUGUAUUCAAGGUAAACGCCACAUGUCAGCUUAAUCAGAAAUUACCUUUACAUUUUAAUCAUGCUAUAAUGCAGAUCUUCUGCGCUACAGAUUUAAUCUAGCCCUUAGUCACUCAGAAAUAGAAAUGUAAGUGACAUUUAUUCACGUAAACUAAUCCGACAAGACCUGAGGAUGAGGAUCAAUGCUGAAUAUAAAAGGGACAUACAGUAAAUUAUAUCAAUUACAAGCUAGAAAAGCUCCCUCCAUUUCUUAAAAACCCAGUGCAGUCAAACGCGAUUUACCUAGGUUAGGUUGCCAGUUAGAAUCCGGCGUGUGACUUUUGUUUUUCAACCUUACCCAACAUUCCUCACUAAUCACAUUUCUAAUCUACAUGACUAACCAUUUCUUAAAGACCCAGUGCAGUCAAACUUGAUUUUCCUGUGUUUUAUAUACAUUUCCACACUGAGGUUGGAGUAAUACUGUGAAAUUAUGAAAAUGAUGAUGCCCUUGCUGUUUGAAAAGACUGCCUGAAAUGUCAGCCUAUUUUGAGAUAGUUUUGGCCUUCCAUGGUGAUGUCACCAUGC